GCGCAAUUCCAGCUGUAGCCUCACUCAACAACUAGUAUUUACUUAACCAGGUGUUUUUAAUUAAAUCGUGCCCGCCUGUCCAGAAACAAGAGCAAUGAGAACAACUGCCAUAAUCGGUUAUUGCUUAUUAAUAUUUAAUAAUGUGUGCUGCCAGAGCGGGAGUGAAAAGAAAUGGAUAGAUCCGCAUCACACUUGGUCCAAUUUCGCAAUAGAUUUCGAUCAGACCCUUGGCGAAUCCUGCCCCCAGUGCGAAUGCCCGGAAAUGUCACAGAAGUCGCCGGUUGCCAUUGAGGAUGCACUGUCGCUAACGUAUUUUAAGAAGUUUGUAAGCCUACUCUUUCAACGAAAACGUUUGCAGUACGAUGCUAGCACAACGCUCUACAAGCGAUCGCUGCUGUUCUCGUUGCUGCCGUCGCAAAUAGAUGAGCUAGAAUCCGUGCAAGAUGUUCGCGAUCUGGAUAUCUUGCUCACCAGGAUACUGGAAAGUGCGGAAGCAGCGCCACUCGUUGAAGGCGCAUUCGGAUGCAACUAUGCACAUGGGGGGCUGGGCGUGUGGGCCUUAAUUACGGAUAUUCUCAAGGAUUUUAUACAACUGUUGAAAAUUUCCGAGGUGCAAUUUUUGCUUAUUGCGGCGCUGGCCACCGUAGUUGGCUGCAUUGUGAAAAAACGCUUCCGUUUCGGGCUGAUCACCAUUGUUUUAGGCGGCAUGCUUCUAAUUGGGUACUUCCACACAUAUUUGGAGUGCAAUAGAAAAUUGGAAGUUGAGGCUAUGUUGAACGUUAUUGACAGUAACCAACAGCCGCAGAGCUACGAUGAAAUGUCCUGGAUUCAGCGACUGAGGCAUUUUGUGGUCAGGUCAUCACCGGAGGAGGAACAAAAAGAGAGACUAAGAAAAUCUUCGAAACUCAACCUAACAUACUGCCUACCGGAUCAUGUCUUCAUGAUGUACGUAAACGAUCUGUUUCUCAAACAGUUGGAAAUGCUGUUGGAGAAGGUGUCGCAAACCAUGACAAAGCUAUCCUCUGGAUUAUCCUUCCCCUUUAACCUAAUUGCACCCAUAUUUUUGGUGGCUCUGGUGGGGUACAUAAUCAAGCUUACCUUUAAAUACGUCAUUAGUCCCAGAGCCUGGGCUACACUAAUUCACACCAGACCAGGCCAUGCCGACUCUCAGCCAACGGCUCAGCAUUUUAUCGCUGGGAAAGAGCCUGUUAGAGAUUGUAUAUCGGGUGAGAAUCUGAAAAUUUUGUUGAACGUGAUAAGCGACACACGACAGAGUGUCAGGCCACAACUACCGUCCGUAUCGGGAGUCCAGGAGCUAAUGGAACCCCUGGAAGCUCCAUUCGCAGCAGAUAAAAACGGAAAACUAAAUGUCAGCGACGAGAGCAACAGCAGCAGCGACAGCAAAAGUCGAAGUAUCGCUGAGGAGGAUGGAUUCACAGUGGUGGAUGACCACGAGGAGGAUGAGAUUCAUAAUAUCUAGCAGCUAGCUGCAAACUUUACUCUGUACUUUAAGCGUAUUGUCCGUGAUCUUUUUUACCCAGUUUCGAAUUGGAACCUAGCGCAUAAGAAUAAUUCAAUUUGCAGUUGAUUUGUCAUAGUUAAAGUUUCUUUAUUUAAAUUAUUUUGCGUGUUCUUAUUCUCCUGUUCACGAUAAGUGUAAUUAAGUUUAAAUCUUCAACAAUAAGAUCGUUUUAAGUAGGCCACCAAAUCGUCUAUAUUUUAUUGCAUGUUAUUAAUAUGCUGCCGGCCGGGCCAUUCCCAAAAAUUUUACUUUCUAUGUAAUUUGUUGAACAUUUUGUAUUUACAAUGUGGCGCUGAGCCGUUCCGUUCAUUUUUCAUAUUCGCAGUGGUCGCACUGUGUGAGUUGCAUAUUAAUUGAAUGUAAGCGAAAUUUAAUAAUGUAUUCGGUGUUUUCGAAUCAUGUAAAAACUAGUUCAAUAUGUAUACAACUAAUAUAUUUGAUAUACAUACUCGUAUUUAAAUAUCUAUGUAUAUAGAUCUAUAUGGUGUGUGUAUAUAUUUCGUAGGAAAAAAAUUAGAAAAAGAAUUUCGGUGUAAAUAUAUUUAUUCGUUGUAUUUUAAAUCAUGCACUGUACUUAAAUCGUAUUAUACUUUAAUUACACUUCAUUGUUAUAAAUAUAAUAAUAACUAUGCAACUAGGUAUACUUUUACACAAUUGUCUGGCCUGUUUUAUACCUACAAAAUACGCAAUUUAUAUGCAAAUUCCAAUACACGGCACAUACUCUUAUAGCCUUAGCCAAAACCAAAACCAGUUUGCUCUCUAGCGUUUAACAUACCUAAACCUAAAACUAGGAAACAUUAAGCAAAAAACCUAAAGCACGGCAGGCUACCAAUAAGUGACAACUAAGGCUGGCUGGCAUACAUAACGAUGCAGAUCGAUCAUCCAUUUCUAUGGCAAACUGAGAGAAUUAUCUAAUUGAUUUCACAAAUCUUAUACGCAAAUUGGUCCGCUAUGAUAAUCCUGAUUAAUAAUUUCACUACUCGAAUUCAACAAUUUUCUUUUUUGUUUAGUUAUAGUAUGUAAUUUUCAUCUCACGAUUUGUUUCUGCUAUUCUGUUCUGUUCUACGGUUUAACAACUGAGCAACAUCAUAAUUAAUGUAAUUACUUCCCGCUGGUUCGCAUUUGCGUUUGCCCCUCAACUAGCUAAUAGUAUGGUUUUAGCAGCAAUUAAAGCAUAUGUAUGUAUAUCUCCAUUCUCCUUACCCCUCUUAGGUCUGUUUUGGUACUCGUAAUCGUAUAAUUUAAAAAACUAAUGCCACCUAAUAUCAAACAGUAGCAGAACAAUGCGAAACAAUUUGUUUAACGCCUAUGCCUACUCCUACGCCUAUGCACAAGCCAAUCUCAAAUAUAAUUAUUAUUAAAAAAAAACGAAUGCCAUAAUUGGAAUUGUUUGCAUUAAGAUAUACAUAAGAUAUACGUACUAACAUUUAGUACGUGUGUGUGGUGUGUAUUGUUUAAAAACAGGCAACUUAUUCCCAUAUCCUGUGCUGUGCUACAAAAAUUACCUCUCAAAUAUCCUUCGAUGUACGCGUAUUCUUUGGCUUACUACCACACUGUUACGACUCCACGGAUGCAAUUGUACGUAGACUUUGGAUUUGACUUAGGACUACUUCUGUGUUACUUGUUAUUGUUAAAAUGCUCUCGUCUCGUCAAUAACUUUCAGCAAAUAAUUGUAAAGUUGUACAUAUUCAAUAUAAUACAUAAUCAAUGUUAACUGGAAUUUGCUCAAAGAAACAACAAAUAGCAGACUAGCAGAUUUAUAUGAAUAUUUCGU